AUGGUCCGCGUCUCUGUUCUUAACGACUGCCUUAACAACAUUGUCAAUGCUGAGCGCCGGGGAAAGCGCCAGGUUCUUAUCAGGCCUUCGUCGAAGGUCAUUGUGAAGUUCCUAUCUGUCAUGCAGCGUCAUGGCUACAUCGGUGAAUUUGAGAUCAUCGAUGAUCACCGCUCUGGCAAAAUUGUGAUCCAGCUCAAUGGCCGGCUCAACAAGACGGGUGUAAUCUCACCACGUUUCAACGUCCAAGUGACCCAAAUCGAGUCCUGGGUUAACUUGCUCCUCCCUGCCCGUGGUUUCGGGUACAUCAUCUUGACGACUUCAUCAGGGAUUCUUGAUCACGAGGAGGCUCGUCGCAAGAACGUUGGUGGGAAGCUUCUCGGAUAUGUCUACUAG